GUUUUUGAAAAGCCUAUCUGGACUGUCCUAUCGAGUCGCUUAUCAAGUUAUAAGCUUGACCUUAAAUACUUUUUAUUAGAAAGGUCAUCUCAGAAGUUUCGUGAAGUGACGCACAAUAGAUUUGUUUGCUGUUACUGAUCGUGUGUGACAUCGAAGCUUCCUUUGACAUGACAGAUCAGUAGCCAACAUUUAUUAUGUCAACUAAAGGUCAUGUGCGUGAUCGCAGCAAAGUUUAGCAUUGUUUGAGAUGGCCACAACGGGCGAAGUAGUUCUGUUGAACAGCUGAUUUGUAGAUGGUCAUAUAACGAUGAUCCGUCUGGUUUGCAUGGACUUGUUGAUCGAACAUGACUCGUGAAGCUCCACACGGAUUCCCAGCAGCACAAGUUUUGGUGGAACUCGCGGUUAAUCAGCCUUUCCGAACGGACAAUAGAAGAAGCCAUGGCAGUUUACACGUCUGCUUCGAUAAGAAGAUAAAACAGACGGCUUUUAACAACUUUUUGUUGAGUCAUACGCCUUACAGAUGUUCUCUAGGAAGACAGAAAGAGUCCAGAUCAGAUACAAAACAAAGAGCAAAACCAAACAACAGAGAUCGACCUCCAGACACUUCCUCGGGCUUGUGUCUUCCAAGGAUACCUGUGGCUUCUGUCGAGUCUCUUACCGGACAAAUGUUCUUACAAGAGGAGAACUUAAACAAAGGAGCCGAUAAAUGUUUUAUUGACUUCUACAGCGGAGACGAGGAGCCUAUCAAUUUUCUGUCGUGUAAAUCUAUCUCAGAAAAUCGAAACUAUGAAACAAACACUUCACGAACAUCGUUGAAAUCUAAGGAGAGAGGAUUAACGCGUUUACCACAAAUCUCAAAGAAAGGGGAUUGCUCCUCUUUUCUGAAGACUCGUGAUAAACAUCAUGAUUCGUUUCAUCAUGAAGAACUGUCGAAUGCGCAGAAUUAUAACGCAAAGACUAAAAGCAUCGCCAUUAAUCGAAAGCGGAACAAUCCAUCGCAUGACCAAGAAGUUACUAAGGUGAUGGAAGACGGAGCGCGCAUUACAGUUUAUCAACGGAGACUUUCUAUCGAAGUUUUUAUGCCAAGGACUUCGUAACCAACAAAUUAAGGGAUUAAGCGAAUAUUUACGUCAAAAUUUGAAUAAUCUAUUCGAGUGAAAUGCGUGAGCAAUUUAGGAGGAUGAGUCAAGAAGAACAGAAAGCCAAUUAAAUACUGUUUGUUUCCGUACCUAAAAUUUAGCUAAUUACAGGCGGAGUAAAAAAUAAUGACUCAUUUACACCUUCAAGGCAGGGUGCAUUUAACGAUAGCGGCGUUAAAAAGACGAACAGUAAAACAGUGAAGUUUGAUUCUGAGCCACGUGUAACUGCAGAAGGAACAAAACUGAAAACAUCAGACAGUCAUAAUGGUGAUAUGAUCUCUAACACUUGUCACUAGAGUGGAACCUCGAUUUAACGAAAUACCAAAACACUGGGGAAAUUGGUUCGUUAUAUUGAGUGUUCGUUAUAUCGAAAUCCUCGAUUUAACGAAUCUGCAGGGAAACAAUUAAAUUGUUCGUUUUAUCGAGGGCUCAUUAAUAAUUAAAUUUUAAUUUUGUAUUAUUAUUCUUUUUGUGUGUGUGAUGUGACGUCGCGCUACCCAGCAUUUAGAAUCGGAACAAUUAUAUUGUAGAUAAUAUUUGUGCUUUAAUGUCUAUAUGAAGCUACAGUGCAGUGUAUAGGUCUGUACAUAGCUACAGCACCUUGUUUUGAAGCACGGAGGACAAAUUUCAGUGAAAUUCACUGGUGAACCGAGAAACAAGGGCACUGGAUUGGAAAUGUCUGCCUCUCAUACUUUUUACCACACGAAGCUUUCAAAAAUAAAGAGGUUAAAUUCAACUUAAUAGAUCUAAUAAGAGACAAAGAGGAUAAAGCGGAUCUGUAGAUGUGUUGUCGAUAUUGUCAGGGUGGGCAUUUAUAAUGAGAUUAACUGUGAAGUUGUUCUAUUGUCACGUAACUGAUGGAUGUUGAUGUU